AUGGGCUCAGCACCGCAACAAUCGAAGCUCUUCCAGCCUCUCCAGGUUGGGCCUUACAAGCUCUCCAACAGAGUCGUAAUGGCACCCCUGACCCGUUUCCGCGCCGAGGACGACCAUGUGCAGCUACCCUUCGUCAAGGACUACUACACCCAGCGCUCCUGCGUCCCGGGAACGUUGAUCAUCACAGAGGCCACCAUCGUGUCGCCCAAAGCAGGCGCCUAUGCGAAUGUCCCAGGCAUCUACACCGAUGCCCAGAUAAAGGCGUGGAAGGAGGUUGUGGACAGCGUGCACAAGGCUGGUGGUGUUAUUUUCAUGCAGCUAUGGGCACUCGGCCGGACAGCAGAUGCGAAGCAGAAGGAGAAGGAAGGUACGGGCGAACUUGUCAGCUCGAGUGAUGUUGCCAUGAGCGAUAACUCGCCGAAGCCAAGGUCGAUGACAGAGGAUGAGAUCCAAGAGAUGAUCAAAGACUAUGCCACUGCUGCCAAGAACGCUGUGGAGGGCGCUGGUUUCGACGGCGUGGAAAUCCACGGUGCCAAUGGAUAUUUGAUCGAUCAGUUCACACAAGAUACUGCGAAUAAGCGGACAGACAAGUGGGGAGGCAGUGUCGAGAACCGAUCACGCUUCGGCAUCGAGGUCUCGAAAGCAGUCGUCGAGGCUGUAGGCGCUGAGAAGACCGGCAUCCGUUUGUCACCGUGGUCGACGUUCCAGGGGAUGAGAAUGGAAGACCCCGUUCCGCAGUUCUCUCACCUUAUGCAAGAAUUGAAGAAGCUGAAGCUCGCCUACGUCCACCUCGUCGAGAGCAGGAUAGCAGGCAACGCCGAUGUCGAGACGACUGAGAAGAUCGACCCUUUCAUCGACAUCUGGACUGGCACCUCCCCGAUACUCAUUGCUGGAGGUUUCAAGCCAGACUCUGCCCGCCGGGCUAUAGAUGAGGAGUACAAUGACAAGGAUGUCGCUAUUGUGUUCGGCCGGUUUUUCAUCUCGACACCAGAUCUGGUGUACAGACUGCAGCAUGGAAUUGAAUUCCAGCAGUACGAUCGCGAGAAGUUCUACAACCCGAAGUCCCCAGAAGGCUAUACCGACUACCCAUUUUCGGUCGAGUGGCAGAAGGAGCACAAAAAGGCAUAG